AUGGAAAAUUCUUCAAUGACUGAAAAAAAUCGCAAAAAAAUCGCUUUGAUUAACAUCAUAAAAAAAUAUGAUGUUCUCUAUAAAAGAGAAAAUUUUAAAUUCCAUUUACAUAUUUCAAUAUAUGCUGAAAUGGCGGAAAAAAUGAUCAUUUUCAAAUUGUUAUUUCUACGCUCACAGAGCGAGCCUAUGCAAAAGAAUCGCAAUAGAGAAUUUGCAACACUAUUAAGUUUUCGCCGACACCGGGAAACGUAA